CCGCACUCCUCGGCUCCAUGUCAGGCGGAUGGCUGCUUCCCUACAACACUUAAGAACUCUUCACAACUCGAGGGUUGACUUCUAACGAGGUUGUUUGAUACCGAUAUCUUUCCAGAAAAAAGAAAGGUGCAUAUUUGGGCAGACAUAGCAGUAUUUAACAUGAGUACUGAUAUCCCAGCCACUCGCAAAGUGGCUGUAUGCAUUGAUACCCAACAUAUCAAAGUUGAAGAGCGCCCCCUGCCAAUACCAAAUGACUCGGAGGUUGUGGUAUUAAUUGAAGCGAGCGGUAUCUGCGCGACAGACUUACAUCUCGUGCAACGAAGUAUUCCUUACCUUCAACGGGAGGUCGACGUCUGUGGUCAUGAGGGUGUUGGGCGUAUUGUUGCUCUCGGGCCGGAUGUAGACACUUCAGAGUGGCGCUUGGGAGACCGAGUCGCUCAUCGGUGGAUCUUCGAUGUCUGCCGGAAUUGCGAGAUGUGCCAUGAAGGGAACGAGCAGCUAUGCGACUCGAGAAAGCUUAGUGGAAAGGAUGUUGAGGGAUGCUGGGGAGAAUACACGAUUGUCAAUUCGAAAUAUCUGAUGCGCAUCUCUGAAGAUAUCCCUGCAACUGAAGCCGCGCCGACCUUGUGUGCUGGCACAACGGCAUAUAGAGCUAUUCGUACGACCGGCCUCACUUCUGGGCAGUGGAUAGCAAUUAUUGGAGCUGGAGGCGGACUGGGCCACUUGGCAAUACAAUACGCCAAAGCGAGCGGGCUGCGGGUUCUUGGAAUUGACACAGGCCCAAGUAAACGGGAGUUGUCUUGCAAAUUGGGUGUCACUUUAUACAUUGAUUUCAUGGAUACACUAGAUCUCACAGCAGAUGUCAUCCGUGUUACUGAUGGAGGUCCUCAUGGAGUAAUUGUGGUUAGCUCUAGUAGUAGGGCUUAUGAACAGGCCCUGCAAUACGUCCGGAAAAUGGGGAUCAUAGUCUGCAUUGGGAUCACACCAAACAAGAUGCACUUCCCUAUCGGUCCUGAAUAUUUUGUGGCUCGUGGUGUACGCCUUACUGGCAGUAGCACAGGAACUAUGGAGGAUACGCGCGAGGCACUGCAGUAUGUAUGUGAUGGUCGGGUCAAACCUAUGAUUGUUGAGGUGCGAUUGGAGGACAUCGGGGCGUGUCUGCAGGCACUCGAGAGAGGAGAGGGCGACGGUCGAUUUGUGGUCAAAUUUCGAUGAGUAAUGAGGCUAUGCUUCUGCCAGCAGUCUUUGCGUACAGCUUCCAGUUUCAUUUAAGUCUCUUCAUCUCCCUUUCUAGCUUAACAUCCAGUUCAGAGUUUGUGUCGCUCUCA